GGAGGGGGCGGCCGCUGAGAGGAGGAGGAGGAGGAGGGGUGCGCCCCCUCCCCGGGAGAGCCGCGUGAUGUACGGGGAGCGGCCCUGCAGCCCCCUGCGUGGGGAGCGCCGGGCGUCCAGCCUCCAGAUGUUCGCCGGGACGUCCUCCCUGCACGGGGUGAGCCACAUCUGCGCGGCCGGCUCGCUGUCCCUGCGCCGGGCGGUGUGGGCGCUGUUCUUCGUGGGCUCGCUGGCCCUGCUGGGGCUGGUGUGCGCGGAGCGCGUGGGCUACUUCUUCACCUUCCCGCGGGUGACGGCCGUGGACGAGGUGGCGGCGCCCAACCUCACCUUCCCGGCCGUCACGCUCUGCAACCUCAACGCCUUCCGCCUCUCCCAAAUCACGCGCAACGACCUCUACCACGCGGGGCAGCUGCUGGCCCUGCUGGACGGCCGCGCCGAGGUCCGCGGAGCCCCCUGGGCCGACCCGGAGACCCUGGCCGCCCUGCGGGACAAGGCCGACUUCAGGGGCUUCAAGGCGCGGCCCUUCGACAUGGCCGAGUUCUACAACCGGACGGGCCACGACCUGCGCGAGAUGAUCUGGCACUGCCGCUUUCGCGGGGUCGCCUGCAGCGCCCGCAACUUCACCCUGACCUUCACCCGUCUGGGAAAAUGCUACACGUUCAACUCUGGUGCCACCAGCUACCAGCUACUCACCACGGUGAAAGGAGGGACGGGAAACGGCCUGGAACUCAUGCUGAACAUCCAACAGGAUGAGUACCUGCCCGUCUGGGGGGACACAGACGAGACCUCCUACGAAGCCGGCGUGAAGGUGCAAAUCCACAGCCAGAGUGAGCCGCCUGCCAUCGACCAGCUGGGCUUCGGAGUAGCCCCCGGCUUCCAGACUUUCGUGGCCUGCCAGGAGCAGAGGCUCUUCCACCUGCCGGCCCCCUGGGGGGACUGCCAGGCUAACCCCGCAGAGUCGGCCUUCUUCCCCAACUACAGCACCGCCGCCUGCCGGAUCGACUGCGAGACACGCUACCUGGCGGAGAAUUGCAACUGCCGUAUGGUGCAUAUGCCAGGCAACGCCAACGUCUGCACCCCGGAGCAGUACAAGGAAUGCGCGGAUCCCGCCCUGGACUUCCUGGUGGAGAAGGACAACGGCUUCUGCUCCUGCCAGACGCCCUGCGAGGCCGUGCGCUACAGCAAGGAGCUCUCGGUGGUCAAGAUCCCCAGCAAGGCCUCCGCCAAAUACCUGGCCAAGAAGUACAACCGGAGCGAGCAGUACAUCAUGGAGAACCUGCUGGUGCUGGACAUCUUCUUUGAGGCCCUGAAUUAUGAGACCAUCGAGCAGAAGAAGGCCUACGAGGUGGCCGGCCUGCUGGGGGACAUUGGGGGCCAGAUGGGUUUGUUCAUCGGUGCCAGCCUGCUGACCAUCCUGGAGAUUUUCGAUUACCUGUAUGAGGUGCUCCGGGACAAACUUUCCAGCUACUACCAGGGCAGGAAGGAAGCCCACCGCAGCAAUGGCGACAACCUGGAGUAUGUGGAUCUCCCCUGCGGCCAGCUGCCCCCUCCGCCCAGAGCGCCCGCCAUCCGCUGCGGAGCCACUCGGACAGCAUCGUGGGAUACCCCACGGGUGGGCUACCUCGUCACGCCACUCUAGGCAGCUUCGAGGAGUUCGCCUGCUGAAGAGACCCCCGCCCCUCCCACGAGGACGGAUCCCUGGCCGGCUCCAGGACAGACAACUCCGGGGGAAGGGGGGCAGGACGCCCCUCCAGGGAACUUUGCGCUUCGGGGGCAUGGUGGCGAGUGGGAGCCAUGGAAGACGGGACUGCGGGGCUCCUCAGACGGCCCCCUCCCCAAAAUCUAUGUCUAUCUGUCA